GAUCUGUUCAGUGAGAUGGUCAAGUCUCGUCCUUUGCCUUCCACUGUUGAUUUCAAUAGAUUGUUGAGUGCCAUUGCUAAGAUGAAGAAGUUUGAUGUUGUCGUCUCCUUGGGUGGGCAGAUGCAAAAUUUGGAGAUUUCAUAUGAUCUCUUUACUUACAGCAUUCUGAUAAACAGUUUUUGUCGGCGGUCUCAGCUCUCUCUUGCUUUAGCUGUUUUGGGGAAGAUGAUGAAACUCGGCUAUGAGCCCGAUGUUGUCACGCUUUCUUCUCUUGUCAAUGGUUUCUGUCAAAGUAAGAGGAUUUCUGAUGCCGUAGCUUUGGUUGAUCAGAUGGUGGAAAUGGGAUAUCAACCCAAUACCGUUACAUUUACAACUCUGAUUCAUGGCCUUUUUCUCCACAACAAAGCUUCCGAAGCUGUGGCUUUAGUUGAACGGAUGGCUUUGAAAGGUUGUCAACCGGACCUAGUUACUUACGGUGUAGUAGUAAACGGAAUCUGUAAAAGAGGUGACACUGACUUGGCUUUAACUCUGCUCAAGAAGAUGGAGAAUGGGAAAAUAGAGCCUGGUGUUGUAAUCUACAGCACAAUCAUUGAUAGUCUUUGCAAAUGCAAACAUUUGGAUGAUGCUCUCAACCUGUUCAACGAAAUGGAGAAGAAAGGAAUUAGACCGGAUGUUGUUACCUACAACUCCCUCAUAAGUUGCCUUUGUAAUUACGGACGAUGGAGCGAUGCCUCUCAACUACUCAGUGAUAUGAUCAAGAGGAAUAUCAACCCUGAUGUAGUCACUUUCAGCGCAUUGAUCGAUGCGUUUGUGAAGGAGGGGAAGCUUACAGAGGCUGGAAAAUUGUACAAGGAGAUGAUCAAAAGGUCUAUAGAACCAGAUAAUUUCACUUAUAGCUCACUCAUCAACGGGUUUUGCAUGCACGAUCGUUUAAACGAGGCUAAGCAGAUGUUUUCUUUGAUGGUUAGCAAGGAUUGCCUCCCAGAUGUAGUGACAUAUAAUACUCUUAUAAAGGGAUUUUGUAAGUCUAAGAGAGUGGAAGAAGGUAUGGAAGUCUUCCGCGAGAUGUCUCAAAGAGGAUUGCUUGGAAACACAAUCACUUACAACACUCUUAUCCAAGGGUUAUUUCAGGCUGGAGAUUGUGAUAAGGCCCAAAUGGUAUUCAAACAGAUGAAUAAUGAUGGUGUGCCUCCCAAUAUCAUGACAUACAACAUUUUGUUAGUUGGACUUUGUAAUCAUAGGAAGCUAGAGAAAGCAUUUGUGGUAUUCGAGUAUAUGCAAAAGAGUAAACUGGAACUUGAUAUAUAUACAUAUAAUAUUAUGAUUGAAGGGAUGUGCAAGGCUGGGAAUGUGGAAGAUGGGUGGGAUCUAUUUUGUAGCCUCAGCCUUAAAGGAGUGAAACCUGACGUUGUAACCUAUACUACAAUGAUCUCAGGAUUUUGUAGGAAAUGUUUAAAGGAGGAAGCAGGUGCCUUGUUCAAUAAAAUGAAAGAAGACGGACCUCUUCCAGAUAGCGGUACUUAUAAUACGCUGAUCAGGGCGCAUCUUAGAGAUGGUGACAAAGCAGUAUCAGCUGAACUCAUCAGAGAAAUGAGGUGUUGCGGGUUUGUUGGAGAUGCUUCAACUUUUGGCUUGGUCACAGAUAUGUUGUUUGAUGGGAGAUUGGACAAAACCUUCUUGGAAAUGCUUUCUUAA